AUGCCUACAAUCUCACAAAUAUACUUGUAUAUCAGGAGUGGAGGUGAGACUCCGAGCAAGUCGUCCAAGUCAGCUGCGAAUACAAUUGUCGAUGAAAGGCGAUCACUCUCCUUACGUAUGCCAUUGUGGGUUGUCACAUCUAUGGCAGAUUUAAUUGUCUUUGCGGCUGCGUGGAUUCUGAUACUUUCUGUAUAUCAUGUUAUCGGCGAGGACGCUACUCAGAACCCAUUCAGGGGCAGCGACAUCAUUCUGCCAUUUAUGGCUGUGAUGGUAGUUUACGAUAAGCUCUCAAUACCGCCCGGCUCCGACCUCUACAAAAUCUUUAUGACCCUCGCCAUACAUGGCUCUAUCGCCGGGAUGCUCAUGGUGACCUCCGCCGUGACAUUGAGAUUGAGAAUAAUUUACAAGAUAUGGAUUUGCAACGACAUACAUGCAUCCUAUUGCUUUGGUCUGAUUUACCACGUCCCCCUUAUGAUGGUAGCAACUACCCCGACGAUGAUCCUAGAUUUGUGCAGGAAAGGCUUGUCUUUCUCCCAGUUAUACUGGCCAAUUUUUGGCGCGUAUGUAUUCUUCUUCGCCGAGUGCGGGUUCUACUUCUGGAAAAUCAAGCGUAUUUCCUCGAUUCUUGUGGACUUUAGCAGCACAUUGCGUAUUGGUGCGAUGGUUCUCGGCAUGUUCUCGUUUCAGCUAAUAUACGAGGGUAUUCUCGGACGCCUGGAUAUAAUUGCUGUGUUGUCCUUUUUUUUUAUGACGCCUGCUACGCUAUUUGUCAUCUGGCUCGAGAUAUUGGGUCCCGCUUUGGUGAAGAUAACGGGGCGAAAAUUACGCGCGUCCUUCUUGGGAGGAUUGGAUUUGUGGGGUAUAGCCGAUGAACUUGGGUCCAGAGGGUUCGACGAUGUACUAUCCGAUCCAUACUUGUCGGAAAAGUUCACGGAGAGCUGUACCAAGAUGUAUUGUACAGAAAAUGUGAUAUUUUUGAAAGGCAUGUUAAAUGUCAGGAAUGCUCUGAGCAGUGUCACGAACCAUGCUGGAUCAGGACAUGAGCCUUUAAUGGAAAUAAACAUCUCCAGUCAAACUAGAGAAAUUAUCCUAGACGAAAUGUCUUAUCUGAGGUCUGAUCUCAUCAGCGAUGCUCUUUUACGGUCCCUGGAUGAAGCUGAGGAGAGGGUAUGUUCCAUGCUUAUGUCAGCUAAGGCUGACUUCUUAACCGAUGCGGAGGUUAGCGCACACCUGCGUCGCAUGUGGGCGAGUGAACGUGCAGGGUUGGUGGUGAAGGUGGUGGCUGAACACGCCAACGUAUGAGAUGCAUAUUAAUGUAUACUAGCACACAAUGGUUAAAC